UGCAUCAUUGUGCUGUUCAUGGUGUGUCAAGUGUGCCACACUUCUAGCAAAGCUUAGCUGUUGCUCAGGUCGCCUCGCCUGCCAGUUUUUCCCCCUCACACCUGUCCACACACUCUCUCUCUUCAGGAUCCCCUGCAUACCUGCCUUUCCUUUCUCACCAGCUUGGUAAACCAGCCAGCUCACAUCACUGGGAUUCCCACAGCAACAUGUUGGAUUUCCCUCCACUUCAGCUCAAACGCCAACCACCACCUCACCAAAACAUGUCUGAGUUAACAGCUGGAUGAGAUCACUGAGCAGCUCUUCAGGCACGAUGCAACUUCAAGAGUUAUUCCUUGUAAUGAGCUCUUAAAGUAUUUUGUCUUGGCCUGACUGGUCCACUGGAAGAGGACAAUAUUCGUUGGUCUUCUCUUGGUCUCGCUGCUCUUUAGUUCCUCGGUGGUUACACAACCUUGAAAUAACGUUACACACAGAUAUUUGUGUUUUUCUGAACCUUUUCCAGACUUCAGUGACGGACUGAUCUCAGUUGUCGUCAGUUUCUUUUUUGCCAUUUACCUUUCACCCCCUCUGCUGCCUUUUCUUUGUGAAGCCUCCCACUGGUAGUUUUGUUGCCUCUGCGUCAUCCACUCUGACCUCAGUCUGUCCCUGCGGACCUGACUCUGUUUCAGUGGGAGAUGGUUCGACAGGUUUUUCCAUUAAGUUAUUUGAUUUUGUGAGUUUUUUUUUUUUUUUUCUUCUUUUUUGUUGCCAGCAGCAUCAAUAGAUGAGUCAUCUUCAGGCCUUUUCAUCCAAAUGAAUGCGUCUCAUCACGCUGGGUUCAAAGCAAAGUGCAGCAACAUUUUUAUAAACUUUAAAUGGCACUGACAUGUUAUGUUUCCUGUUAUUAGUCUUUGAAAUGAAAGGACAAAUACUCAAUAUAACUAGAGUAUGAUGUCUAUAUUUCAAUGGGAAACAAAUUAGGUCCUCUCUACUUCUUGGAUGUGCUUAAAUGAUCCAAAGAAAGCAAGGCAAACUCACCGUCCUCCACCCGAGUCAGUCAUAACAGUAACUUCUUGUUGAGAUCACAAAGUUUUCAAAGAGACAUCUUUAAUAUUUCCAGUAUCUUGAGUCUUGAGUUUAACAUAGUUGACAUCAUAUAGCUUCAGUAAAGAGUUAGAACACACUGAUGCACAAUAAAACAGAUUAAAUCAGGAGAGGAUGCAGUUUAAUCUUCAGCUCCGAGGGCUCUACUGAGAGAUUUUGUGACGGAGGGACGUCCGCCCCGAACAGCAGCAAGAUUAAUCUCCCCAUGAAGUGCAGACACUGGUGCUGGUGGCGGCUGAUGAAUCUCCUGAAACAGAUGGAGUGAUAAAGGUGAUGAAACCUGGAGGUGGAGGAAGCAAAACGGCAGCAUGAAGGUGUGUCUCUGUGCUACUGGAUAGAUGUGACCGGCUGCUGUGAACAGCUACUAUCUCAAGUGAUGAGAGGAAUGAAUGACGGGAUGGUGUGAGGAGUGAACUGCAAGAUCAGUCUUCCUGCCUGAACGCUUGCUCGAGCUCCAUUCGUAAUCGUAUCACACACACAGAGCUGAAUCAACUUAUGAGGGCAAACAAGAAAGUGGAUUUUGAUUAACCGUGGACUCAGAAUGAAACGCACCACCUUGUAGAUACAAAUAUACGUUUCUGGUUUGCUGCAGUAAAACGCAGUGAAGGGGAAAUAUUUGAUUCUGUUUUUUUCCUCCUCUCUCAUCAUGAGUCGCUUUGAACUGUGUUGCUUCCAAAGGCUGAAAAUAUUUAUCAAAUAAACAACAUUAAUAAUUGAACAAUGGGACAAAGUUAAUGGGCCCAUACAGUCUGAUCAAGAGAGGAGAAGUCAUCCACCAUCCUCUUGUUCUCGGACAAGGAGAGUUUCAUGUUUUUAUUUAUCUAUUUUCUUUGUUUGUGCCCGUCUGUCUUUAAGAGUGAGGAAGUGUCUGGCAGUUGUUACAGUCUUGUUUUAGGGGGUGCUGCAGCCUGUCAGCACCCCUAGUUCCUGUAUCCAUGGGUGUGUUUGUUUGUUAUGUUUCUUCACUUUUAAGCUAAAACAUGUUAAAUGUCACUUAAAAUUAAUGUAUGUGAGAUCUUGCAUUCUUUGAUAAAGUCUAAAAAAGGAUAACAAACAUCAACCAAACGACCUGCAGAUGAGGAAGCUGCGCUGUAAUGCCUCAGUCGACCACAAGGUGGAGAUGUCGCUCAGCUCUGCACACAUACUGCAGCUGUCAGAGCCACAACACAGGCGGACCGACCACCUCACCACUCCUCUGAAGUCACAUCUGAUGCAUGUUCUCCUUUCAUAUUAUGUGGGUUAAGGAAAUGAAGUGUCACCAGAAGUUGUGUGUGAAUCUGUAGAACAGUUUUCUUCAGUUCACUUCAACUGUUUUUUUAAAUCUUCUGUGGAAACAGAAAUGUCUACAAUGAAAAUACAAUUUGGCCAGUUAGAUUUGAUUAGUUCUGCCUGUAUUAAAUGACUUUUGUUUUGUUUGUGCAGUUUAUUAAUAUAUGAGGUGUUUUGUCAUAGGCUGCUUCAGUCGCUGGUUUGUAUCCGAUUAACCAAUGGAAAAGUACCCAAAGGAAUCCCGCGCCUCCUCCCUCGUCCAAAACUCACCCUCCCCCCCUCCCCUGCUCUGUAAUUGCAGAGUUUUGGGUCUGUCACCCAGAUCCUCCCGUGUCCUCCCCGAGAGGAGCAGUGAACCCUGACGGUCCCUUCAGCUCGGCUCCGCGGGUCCCAGCUGGUGCGUCCCGUUGCGCACAGCGCAGUUUCCUCCAACACUGCGCGCUCCGGAUUUCUCCCCCAAAACCCGUCAGGACGGCAGCUGGGAGAGACAGCGCCAACUUUACGAGUCAGUAUGUCUGAUGUGUGGCUGACAACGCGUCGGUGACAGGAAGACUCGGGGGAGUUCAGGUUGAGCAGGAGGCGAGGACGAGUCUUGGCUCCCCCCCCCCCUCCUCCUCCUCUCCACCCUCCUCAACCGGAGCAAUUUGCGCAAGGUGUUGCGGGAGAGGCUUCAGUCGUGGCUGAGUGAACGGACCCCCGCAGUGCACUGGAUGUGUUGAGAUGUUACCGUGUCACUCUUUGAGCUCUUGUUAGGUGCUCGCUCCUUUCACUCCCCCGCCAAACUUCAGUCAGCGGAUCGUUUUGAGGGCGACAGGAUGGGAUCGCAGACCGGAGCCGCUCUGCAGAAACAGACGCUCCUGUGGUUCAUCAUAGCAGUGUCUCAGUGUGUGUCGGCGCUGGCGUGUGGACCCCACUACGAGCUCGCCAUCGAGGAGUUCUGCCUGGCCAAGUUCAGACUGGACAUGCAGGAGCUGGACCAGAGACACUGGUGUAGCUGGGAGGACACAGUCGAACUCUACGGCGAGCUGACAAACUGCACCUUCCUGGUGGCGGAGAAGAUGAAGUGUUACUGGCCCAACAGGCUGGUGGACGAGUUCUUCAUCCGAGUCCACAGGCAAUACUUCCACGACUGCUCGCUGUCGGGGCGGCUUCUCAGGGACCCACCCAACCGCAUCCUGGGUCCCUUCAUCAUAGUUCCCAUCCUGGUCACCCUCCUCAUGACUGCCCUGGUGGUGUGGAGGAGCAAACGCAGCGAGGGGAUUGUGUAGUGAAGGGACAGAGAGGGGCAGGGUCACAAGACUUAAAGACAAGAGGUACUUUUGGGCCCUUAGGUUCAACCUCAGUGACCAAAGGAUCUCUUCUCGUGAGUGGUUGAGCUUUCAAUCGGACCAUAAACAUGUUUUCAUUGGCCCUUGGAGAGGAGCUUAAAGACAAACUUAAAAACUACUUCAUUGACGCUUGAAUGCACAUCGAUGUGAAACAUUUGCAGCGACAGUCUAACUUGGACUCAAAUCAUUUGUUUGGUUUGCAGAGCAAAGAGGAACAGAACUGCUCAACUGAAUCUGAUGUGGACCAGGAUAGUGACUGGUGGAAAGAUACUGUAAAUACAAGGGGGAAAAAAACGCUUUAUUGAGAGAAACUGCUUCAAAGAUGUGGUGAUAUUGUUACUAUAUAUACAAGAAUUUAACAACUAUUUUUGGAGACCAUGAAAAUAUUGCUCACUGUAACUGCAAGAAAUGAAGUGCAGUGCUGAACCGUUUUACACAAUGGCAAGGAUACAACAGGACAGUCCGUCCAACCUCUGUUAGGGAACCCAGGUACAUCAGAUAUUAUGUGUAUAUAAAUAUACUGUAUUUAUUUACAGUGUCAUCUGUCAGUGGAUUGAGAGACAGAAAGUCUUUGUAACACAAUCAAGACAGCAAACCACUAAACUUAUGUGUAUUGUAUCUGAAAUGUAUACUCUGAAUCAAGCAGCCAGCUCAACCCAGUCACCAGCAUAAAUGUUUGCCAAGUAUGUUUUUGCAAAACCACAGACCAGUUUAAACUUACGAUUUCUUUAGGUUGCUGCUUAAUGUAGCGCUUAACGGAAGUUCCCUUUUCUAUUUCUCUCUCGUCACAGCACUCUGCUUGUGCACUGGUUAGGUUUAGACACAUAAACUGAUUGGUUACAGUUUGAGAAAGUCAUGGUUUGACUUCAAAUGGCCUCGCCCCCUUUUUGGUCACCGCAGACUGGCUGGAGAUGGUCCACCCUCCUGUGAAAAAUAAUUGGCUUUGAUCACAACAAAAACAGCUGGAAAACUCCCCACAAAGUCAAACUGGGGUCGCCGGUUGGCAGCCUUGUGGCAUGUGAUAACACCGCCACCGUCCCCUCUACCUCCCGAUAAUAGGCAUAUAAUGUCCCGCGUUUGGUACAAAUGUCAACCUUGGAUGUAUCUGUGGUUUGCACUAACAUUCACCACUGUCAUUAUAUCCUGGCAGCUGGGCUGGGCUGGCUUUCUGUGUUCACACUAUCAAGCUAUAGUGGGAGCUGAAUGUGUCUGUUUUUAGUUCUCAUUUCCUUUCCUCUGCUCAUAUCAGAGACCCUGGCCUCAGGUCCUCAACGUCUUGCCAUAACUAGCAUUCCAUCUCUCUUCCGAAUGGGAGACGAAGCAUGCUUAAUAGCAUAGUGCACACUGAACCAGCUGGAGGAAUCCAGGUGGUAAUGAUGUGGCAGAGUAAAGAUCGGCUGAUGUGCAGUGCAAAGGACUGAAAGACAGCACAGCAUGGAAAGGACAGUCACUGCUCAGGGGUCUAUUCCCCAGUUUGGACGGGCUCAGUGGUGGCAUCACCUGCAGCUUCCAUCAUUCAUCACCGGGGGAACUAAAAUGAAGAAAUGCCAGCGAACACACAGGUAGAAAUAGCCAAGAGUGAGGACUCUGAAGGCCAACAUACAGAGGCAGAAGUCAGACACACAAAACAUUUAAUUAACCAAAAAAUUCUUAUACUGUCAUUUUUUUUUCUCUCCCUCAAACACCUCUUUUAUCUGUGCUGUUUAUCAUACAGAAUAAAACACCAUACCAACAAAAUACCACAUUGAUUUCAGCCAAUUGACGCACCGACAUUUAAGAUGUGAAAAGAAUGAGAACAAAGAGUAGGAAAUUCACAGCGGAAAGAUCACAAUCUAUCUACAAAGAGAACAUGAAGCAAUGGAUUAGCCAACGCACAUCUCUGUUGAACAUUGCCAUAGCCUAAAGCACAGUGUGUGGAUCACAGACCUAAGGUUUCUAUUGAUUCGUGAUCUCCCGGUGUGGUACCAUGUGCAGUGUGAACUGUUUCCUCAUUGAUAUUUUUGAAUGCUCUCCUUCCUUUAUAGAUUCAUUGACCUGUAACCUGCCUGUCAGCAAAACACACUUUAAAAACACACCCACACUUCCUCGACAUGAUCUUACUUUGUACUUUGUGCCAAAAGCGGAGGGAAACGUUUGCUCUGAAAUGUAUAAUUCUUUUUGUUGGAGUGACUUCUGAUGAUUGAAUUUUUUGACCGUGAAGAAAAGUUAAAUAAAAUGUCUGAUUAAUGUGUCUGAUA